ACCCCCCACUUAGCCCCCGGGCAGAGUCGAGCAUGCGUGGGGUGAAGCUCUCCCGAUCCGUUUACACCCAGGACCAGUUUGAGCGGAGUUUUGGAAGCGUCAGUGAGGAGAAGGGGAGCCGGGCAGAGCAAGGAUUGUGGCGGAGGCUGUGGUUGAGCUGCUCUGGGAGAGGUUACCUGAUUGAGCGAUUCCCUCCCCUGGCCUGGCUCCCUGAUUACCAGCUCCGUACCUGCCUCCUCGGGGAUAUAGUCGCAGGCCUGACUGUGGGCAUCGUCCACAUCCCACAAGGGAUGGCCUUUGCAUUGCUGACCUCAGUAGCACCUGUUUACGGUCUCUACACCUCCUUCUUCCCUGUCGUGCUCUACAUGCUGUUUGGCACCGGACGACAUGUUUCCACAGGUACAUUCGCUGUCAUUAGCCUAAUGACUGGGUCUGUGGUGGAAUCCCUUGUCCCUCGGCCAAUGGGAAUGAACAUAACAAACAUCCAAGAGGCAGAGAUCGAGAAGCAGAGGAUCGCGGUGGCCUCUGCAGUCACCCUUCUCUCUGGGCUGAUCAUGAUCGCCAUGUUUGUUCUCCAGCUGGGGGUCCUGUCCACCUACCUGUCCGACCCCAUCGUGAAGGCCUUCACGAGUGGAGCAGCGUUCCACGUCACCGUGUCCCAGCUCAGCACCAUGCUGGGCCUCAGGCUGCCUCGCUUCACAGGGCUGUCCACCAUCUUCAAGACACUGGGAUCGAUCUUCAGAGCUCUGGGCAGCACCAACAUUGCGGAGCUGGUGAUUUCUGUGGUGUGUCUCAGUGUCCUCAUCCCAACCAAGGAGAUCAACAGUCGCUUCAGACGCAAACUCCGCAUCCCCAUUCCCAUCGAAAUCAUCAUGGUGAUGAUAGCCACUGGCAUCUCCUUCGCCACAUCACUGGACCAGACAUACAGCAUCCAGGUGGUUGGUGAGAUCCCGGCUGGGUUUCCUGACCCCCAGUUGCCGGCUGUGCACAGUAUCCCAGCCCUGGUGUGGGACACGCUGCCCAUUACCUUUGUGGGCUAUGCCGUGUCUGUCUCCCUGGCCAUGAUCUACGCAGAAAAGCAUCACUAUACCAUCAACCCCAACCAGGAGCUCUUGGCUCAUGGCAUUUCCAAUACGGUUUCCUCCCUCUUUACCUGUUUCCCAAGCUCAGCGUCACUGGCCACAACCAACAUCCUGGAGAGUGCUGGGGGGUGUACACAGCUAUCCGGGCUGUUCACCAGUGCUGUGGUCCUGGUUGUCCUGCUUUUCGUUGGGCCCCUCUUUCACUUCCUGCCCAAGGCGGUGUUGGCCUGUAUCAAUGUCAUCAGUCUGCGCCAGAUGUUUCUACAGUUUCAAGACCUCCCAGAGCUCUGGCGGCUCAGCAAGAUGGACUUCAUGGUUUGGGUGGUGACGUGGGUGGCUGUGGUCACACUGAACGCUGAGCUGGGACUUGCUGUGGGUAUCGUCUUCUCAAUGAUGUCCGUGGUGUGUCGCACUCAGAGGGCCACCUGCUCCGUGCUGGGCAGGGCAUCCAACACAGAGAUAUACAGACCAGUGGGCGGGAACAGCAAGUGCCUCGAAAUCUCGGGGGUGAAGAUCUUGGCGUAUAACGCUCCCAUCUACUACGGCAAUAAGAGCUUCUUCCGAAGCGCCCUGACACGUCUCCUGGGGCUGAACCAGGACAAGGUCCUCGAGGGACAAGACACCCAGAGGGUCACAGAGAACAGCAAGCAGUCAGACAUCAUCACCGUAGAAAAUGGGGUCGUUAAUCCUGUUGUUAACCUGUGUCUCGCGUUCUCAGCAUCUCAGCUCAGGACCAUUCAGGCAGUGGUGAUCGACUGCAGUGGCGUCAUCUUCAUCGAUGCAGCUGGAGCGAGGCUGUUCGUUCAGAUGUGUACAGAGUGUCAGAAAGGAGGAACCUCUGUCUACUUAGCCCAGUGUAACAGUGGUGUAUUGAGGAUAUUAACACACAGCGGGCUCCUGGAGCACCUCAGCCCCCAGCAGAUCUUUGUCACAGUACAUGACGCAGUCACACACAUCGAGCAGACUCAGGAAAACUCAGCACAGAAAAAUGCCACCAUUUGGGUGUGAGAGAAGCUGCUGAGCG